UUCUUACCCAACAAGUCUGUAAGAAACCCAGUGAAACCUCUAUUGCAAGUCUACGUUGCAUGUAGCGCAAUACCUUGUUGCACGAAACCUGGAAGCGACGUGAUGAUGUGGGAGUGAAGUUGACAAGCAGGGCGUUAAAAUCAAAGAACGUGCUAGUGGACUUUGUGUGAGAUUACUGUUUCAUCCUUACGGCAGGCAUGAAGCCUGCAAGUGGCUCUGCGUUCAGCGAGGAUGUCGAAAGGCUAUUCCAGCACGAGGGGCCACCAGUGGCAUCUGCUUCCACACUGCCAAGCUAUGCUCCUCCCUCGAACAGCGACUUCUCCUCAGGGGGAGGUGGCGCCAGUGGGAUGGGCAAUGCGCCACUGAACACCCUCGACGAGCCCAUCUGGGAGACAGUCAAACGCGACCUCCAACGCAUUGGAGGCAACCUGAUCCUGGUCGUCUUCCCCUUCAAAAACCGUGACCAACAGAGCGCUGCGCUGCGCAAUUGGGACCUCUGGGGCCCCAUGACCUUUACGCUGGUGCUGGCCAUCUGCCUCUCCAUCGGCUCUCCAAAGCCUUCUGCUGUUUUCUCGUUUGUGUUUGGGACGUGCGCGGCGGGCGCGGUGGUGCUGACAGUGAACGUGGUGCUGCUGGGAGGGAACAUCGGCUUCUUCCAGUCCAUGUGCCUUCUGGGCUACUGCCUGUUCCCCAUGGACGUCGCAGCCAUUGUGACUGCCCUCACCACCAACAUGAUUGCCCGCUGGAUCGUCGUCCUGGUGGGCCUGGCGUGGGCGUCCUGGGCAUCAGUGCCUUUCAUCGGGGGCUCUGUAUCCCCAGCCAGGCGCGCUCUGGCAGUCUAUCCGCUGCUGCUGCUGUACGUCGCCAUGGGUUGGCUGGCCCUCAUAAAGGGAUGAGCAGGCCAACCAGACAUAUAUGGGAAAUGCGUGUGUGAAAGUGUAAGCACAUGGGUUCCGGGCGGCUCUUUCGGUGGUUGAAGAUGCAAUAUGAUGUAACUGAUGUAGACAACUUGGCAAUGUGAAGAGGCAGUAGUCACGGUGUGAGUUAGCCAAGGAGUCUGCGGACAAAGAAUCAGUUUGCAGCCAAGCGGUAUCCAGCAGCUAAGGUCACAAAUGGCAGCUAAUUAGGUGCAGAUGCACAUGUGUUCUCUGCGAUGUAACAGAUGUGUUCAGCAUC